AUGACCAUUUCCCCUGAGGGAAACAGUGAUGGACAGGACGCACCAAUGAAGCAGGGCUUUACUCUCUACACUCGGAGCAAGAGCUCUCCCACUACCGGCCCAGGGACCAUUGCUGCCCCCGUGGCUGUCUGGAAGCAGGCUCCUGUUGGGGGGGUCAGCCGGUCCCCUCAGUGUGAGGCCCCGGUUGAUCUGGGUCUGUAUGGGCACCGGGCCCCCCCCUGCUGCGCAGAACUGGGCUGUACGGCAGAACACCCGUACCAUCCUAGUGUGUAUGAAGAGGAGUGGACGUAUAGUCCUGGACCAAAAUACAGCCCCCACUACCCCCCCAGGUCCUUUCUGCAGGCCAAGGGGCCUAACAGUGCUGACAGGCUAGAGGAGAGACUAGCUGAGAGAGAAAGUCUUGGUCACAGUGCUGACAGGCUAGAGGAGAGACUAGCUCUGAAUGGCCUGCUAGUAGAGGGCUACCACAGCCCGAGCCCCAACAGAGCAGCACAACCGGUUCAGAUACACCACAGUGUCAGAGUGUCGCCACGGGCUUAUCCAAAUGUCUCUCCUCCCACGUCUAAAUCCAACCCACUCUCAGUCACACAGAGGCCUCCAUUUUACACACCCCAGGCCGAUGUGGAUGAUGAGAGAGAGACUGGAGCACCAGGCUGUAAAGAGUUCAACCUGAGCACUUCAGUUGAGGGACCCGACAAUCACAGAAACACUGAUGACCCCCCAGCUUCUAAACACACAAGACUUCCCAGCUCCACACAGACAGGACACCACCUAACCCCUCCCACCAAGACAGGAUACCACCUUACCCCUCCCACCAAGACAGGAUACCACCUAGCCCCUCCCACCAAGACAGGAUACCACCUAGCCCCUCCCUCCCAUGCAGGAUACCACUUAGCCCCUCCCACCAAGGCAGGACACCCUCUAGCCCUUCCCAGCCAGGCAGGAUACCACCUAAACCCUCCCACUCAGGCAGGACACCAUUUAGCCCCUCCCACCCAAGUAGGACAACACCUAGCCCCUCCCACCCAGGCAGGACACUAUCUUGUCUCUCAGCCCCAAGUCCCCAGCCACCACCCAUUCCUCUCCUAUCUCCAGCUGUACAGGAUGCACCUGAGUACAGCUGGCCAGGUGGGAUCCCCUGCUCCAGCCCAAAGGAGAUCUUGUUCCCCUUCUCCCUCCAGUAGUAGCGGUCAUAACCAAGACGAACCCCCUCCAUCCUGUAUUCAGCAUAGUGACAGGCCCCUGGACACUGACAGACCCCUGGACUACUCCCUACCUCAGUACCGAACUCCAGUUACCUCUACGCAGACCCCCUCCCCCAGGACACCACACCUGUCCUGGGGCUAUUCUGACUCACCCCUCCCUCGAGCCCCCGGGGCCUCACUCACCGCCUCUACCACAAAAUCGCGGGACAAUUAUGGCAACCAUUACAGCACCAAGUGCCCCGCUGCUGCAGACUGUUGCACCCGUCCUCACCACCACAACACCACACGGGCAGCCGGUAGUUCUUCUCUGUGCCAGGGACAGAAUGGCUUAUCGGCCUUUCAGGCUAAUGGAAAUGGAGAAGCCUCGGCCAGCCGAGCCCUGAAGAGAUGUCUCUCGCGGUCGGACACACCCGUCACUCUUGACUUACCCUCCCCAAAACGUAACCAAGACAACGGAGAUGAUGUCAUAGACGUUGAAUUGUGUCAGAAACGACCGAAGAUGGAUACAAACGGAGAACGAGGGUGUACGGAGAUGAACGGAGAACGAGGGUGUACGGAGACGAACGGAGAACGUGGGCGUACGGAGACGAACGAAGAACGUGGGCGUACGGAGACGAACGGAGAACGAGGGCGUACAGAGACGAACGGAGAACGAGGGCGUACAGAGACGAACAGAGAACGAGGGCGUACGGAGACGAACGGAGAACGAGGGCGUACGGAGACGAUCGGAGAACGAGGGCGUACGGAGACGAACGGAGAACGAGGGCGUACGGAGACGAACGGAGAACGAGGGCGUACGGAGACGAACGGAGAACGAGGGCGUACGGAGACGAACGGACAAUGUGGGCGUACGGAGACGAACGGAGAACGUGGGAGAUCAGACAGCCAGUCUCCUUGUUCUCCUCCCAUGCCGGUCAUCAACAAUGUCUUCAGCCUGGCUCCAUAUAAGGUUUAUCUACAGGCAGCUGGUAUGUUGCCCCCAUCCACCACAGUGCUUCACAGAACCAGCCAGGUAAAACAGCCCACUGGAGAAUGUCUGGUCAAACCUGAACCCCUCAGACAGCCAGAAACUCACCUACAGGAGACAGCCCUGAAAGUAGAGGAAGAGAAGCCUAUAUCAGUAAGUCACAGGAUUGAUUACCAUGUAGCCCCAUCAGCCUCUUCAAAACAUCCAAGACAUGUAGCGGAGCAAAUUAUUCUGAGACCUGUAGUCCUUUCAGAGCAAAGGAUUCUGGGGCCUCUAUUCUCAGUGACUCCGGAGAGGAUUCUCCAGGAGGGCUCCAGGAGGCUGAAGAUUGAACCACAGGUCAGCCCUGAGGAGGCCCUGAAAGUGGAGACCAAAGCGGUCAAGGAGGAGGUGCUGGCAGCAGCAGACACGUGUGCGUCUGUCGGUGAUCUCAACGUGGUUGUGAUUAAAAAAUGUGAAUCGGAUGACCUGGACAGUGAAUCGUCAUUAACGUCAGAUGGAAAAGCGCUUUCCAGAUCAGCUACAGAAGUGUUCCGAUGCAAGGCUUCAAAUGGAUCUGUUUCUGACAACAUGACUGAUCAUCAAAAUCUGCCAAACCACCACCAACAAUCCAAGGCCGUCACGCCACAUCCCAGACCGUCCACACCACCUCAACCUCCUGAGCAGGCCACUGCCAGGGCAACCAAACUGAACCUCCAAAACAUCCCCCCUCAGAGUCUUAAAUUAUCCACCUAUACGAUAGUUCUGCCUGACAGCAUGCUUCCAACACACACUACUCCUCUCGCUCAGCAUGGUCGAGAAAUCGUCCCCCAGUCACCGACUGACCCUGUCUCUGUGGCCAAAUCCAGCCCCAGCCCCCCUGCCCUCUCGGACGGUGUCCCCAGCUUCCGACCAGCCAGACAGCACUUCCUAGAGCUUCACCUCUCCUUGUGUAAGCUUGUCUCCUGCUGUGUCUCUCGCACCCCACCAACGGAGCUCCGGGUCUGGCUGUCCCAGCUGGACCCCACCGCCAUCUCCCCUCCGGCCAAGGUCCAGAAAGUGACCUCUCUGCUGGGUGCUGAUGCCAGGGCAGUAUGGCUGAGGAGACCCAAGACCCAGGACGGCCAUGGGGAGAACCAGGAGGAACCAGACCCAGAUGCUGCUCUCCAGAAAGUGCUCCAGAGACUGAGGGAAUAUAUUGCCCAGCAGCAAUGUCCAUUCCCACAUGUGAUGAGGGCCGGGACGGUGUUUGUUCCCAUGCUGGUGGUGAAGGAGCUGUUGUUUCCUCAGGUCCAGGGGUAUUACAUCGACCAGGUCCUUCAGGAGCACAAGGUGGAGUUGAGGCCCACCACGCUGACAGAGGAGAGACAUCUGGUGUCACUACAGAAACGACCCUACUCGUCCAAGCUCCGCAGGCUGCUGUCGCUAAAACACCUACUUAACAUCUACCCAGAUGUGCUCAACCUCUACUACCAUGCCUGUGUCUGCAAGAGCCUAGAGUGGCCCUCAUCUGAUGCUCCAGUAAAGCCAGCCCAGGUGUAGAAGAGGAGGAUGCUGCCAGGGUGCCUGAACAGGUGGAGAGUUUGGAGGACCAUUGGAAGAUCUCAGACGGCGGGCCUCGUUUACAGCCCACAAACCACUGUGACAUUGGAACACAGACCAACCCACCAGACUGCUGGCCACAACGUCUGGAAGAAUGUGUCCAUUUAUCUCCGCUGAGUGGCAGAGCCACAGACACACCGGCCAAUCAGAGACAGACUAAGAAGGUGGGGAGGAGUAGAGGGUAUCAGGAGAGGGAGGUGGGGAGGAGUAGAGGGGACAGGGAGGUGGGGAGGAGUA